AUGAAAUUUUUGUUCCUUCUUGCAACCCUCUUGGCUAUUCGUGUCCUGGCUGACAAACCAAAAUUAUCCGAGGAAAAAGUGGAUGCGGACCUUUUGGCUCUUGGACUGAAGCAGAAGACUUUGGAUCAAAUUAACGAGUAUUGGCAUAAUUAUCACAAAGAAAUGGCGGCAGCAGAAUUGGUCGAAAAGGUACUCCAAAAGAAAGGAAUAGUGGAGGCGAUGAGUGAAAGACAACACGAUUUGAAUACCGAGUUUUUCUCAAAACUGCCGGAGGAUCAGGAGGAGAUUUAUUCGAAAUAUGUGAAUGAGCAUUUGGCUGCUUUCUGA